CUGGAGGGGAGGAGAGUGUGAUGUAAUUCUGCACAGGCUGAAAGGGAGGGGAAGAAGAGAGGGAGAGAAAAAGGAAGCAGUUCGAUAGGAUUUUGUGUUUAUUUUUCCAAAGUUAUUGAAACAUUUUUAAAACUAUGGCAUGAAUGGAAUACCUUAGCGCGAAAGAGAGGUUUUAAGAAGCAGAUCAAACGCGGCUGUGUGUAUUGGUGUGCACAACUAAUGAGAACAUCAAAUAUUAAUACUUUUCAGGCCUGUAGCCUCGAGUGACAACUGAGAGAUCCUCGGCUGAACCCGUACAUAAUGUCAUCUGAGUUGGACUCCAGUCUCACCAGCAUUGACUGGCUGCCCCAACUGGGAAUAAGCAGCCUGCGUUCGGGGAAGGAGAGAGGAGGAGGAGGAGGAGGAGGGGGUGAAGUGAAGAAGAGAGAGAAAGGGCGGGAGGGGAGAGACUUUCUACCUACUGUACCCGAUCUUUCUCACUCAAACUCCAAAGGGAAGCCGCCACAUAGUUACGCCACGCUUAUUGCCAUGGCGAUAGCUGCAGCCCCCGAGAGGAAGCUGAGUCUGAAUGACAUUUACACCUGGAUCAGUGACACUUUUCCAUAUUACAACCGAGCAGGACGUGGAUGGAAAAACUCCAUCCGUCACAAUCUGUCUCUUAACAAAUGCUUCAGGAAAGUUCCUCGGCCACAGAACGACCCUGGAAAGGGCUCGUACUGGACCAUGGACGGACCAGCAGAGGCGUCACAGAUGAGAGCACCUAAACGGCCUUAUCCUGCAGGAGAAGAGGAGACUGCAGACAACCAAUCGGACCAUGGACUGUCCCCAAAUCCUCAUCAAGGAUCAUACAUGGACCUCCGCCUUCCCAACACUCCACUGAGCACAAUUCAGUCUCCACGAUCGGACUCACUGUCUCCUCCUCCGUGCAAGCAACCGUCCCCUUACAUGAGCAGCCCUGUUUCCAACGUCACCGUGUCCCACCCCUCCGUGUCCACCGUGUCCAGCCUGUCUCAAGUCCACCCUUCUGUUUCUUCCGUUUCUUCUUUUUCUCCUUCUCAUCAAACUGCCCCGCAAACCAUGACUCCUCUUCAGAACUGCACUGUGGCUCCCUCUCUCACUACCAUCUCUUUUCCUGAACAUUCCAUCCCCGUAUCCAUCCCCUCUUUCCCUCAGCCCGCGCCCUGCCACCCCGUCGUGUCUGUGGCGCCCCCUGUGGCGGUGUCUUCGGCCGCGGGGGGUCCAUCUACCGUCAGUUUGAACCCCACUGAUGUUCCGCUGCGUUUUACCUUCGAUGAGUUGAACCUCCCGGACUUGUACGCGUCUUUUAAAUCGCUGGUGAAGACGAUGAGAGACAGGGGGGGCUCACAGUCAGACUUCGUGCCCCUGAGCAAUGACACGACUCCGCUCCACACUCCCACCCUGCCCCUGUCCCCUCACCCGGCCCCACUCCAGCCUGCUCCCACAGGGACCCGAGGCCCCGCGCAAACAGCGCCCCCUUCUGAGGGCCGCACGCAGUGUACAGCAGUGCCCGCAGACUGGUUUAGUAACACUGAUUCACUGAAGGAGAGUUUUCGCAUCGCCAGCAGCCUGGACUGGGCCAACAUAGACCUCAGCGGUCAUCCAGACCUGUUGGAGAGCAUGCGGCAGGCGGAGCUCAGCGACUGGGCGCUGGACCCCGCUCUCUUCACUUCUCUCUGUGACUCUUUAAACCGCUUCUUCACACAAAAAGGAAUGAUCAACAGUGGGAGUAACUCUCCUCUGGCGAUGGGUUCAAACUCCUCUUUACAAGUGCCACCUUUUCCCACUCAUCCGACCCCCACCCUGGCCAGCCUCACCCACCCCUCUCCCCUUCCCUUCUCCGCCGUGGCCCCCAACGGAGCUCAGCCGCCCAGGAAGCCUCUGCACCUGCCGCCUCAGCAGAGACCCCAGUUCAUAGCUCCUGCAAACACAAGUCCUGGAAUCCAGCCUCAGCCCAUCGGCCCAAGGCCACGCCCGCCUCUUAAGGGUUUCCAUAGCAACAGUGAGGAGAUCCAGGAUGACUUUGACUGGGACUCAUUGAUUCUUUGACCCUGUACUGCCUUUCUGUCCUCGCUCCUCAGCUUCCCUGAGUUCGUGUUUGGGGUGGACGUCCUCGGCUGAAGCUGCAUUUCACUUUUCUCAUAUCAUUUUAAAGUUACUUCAUUUGCAGAUUUGCUUUUGGAAUUUGAGUUUUGAAUUGUUGAUGUAAAGCGGUGUUCAUGUACACUAACAUUACAAAUACAGAAGCAUUAAACCAGUCAAACAU